CUCUCCCCUCGCUUUGUAUAAGAGUUUAACGAUACACGCACUAACAGUACUACUAAACACCAAUAUCCACACAAAUACAAACUCACUAGGAGAUUUAAAUGGGAUUUCCGGUGGGAUACACUGAUAUUUUUCUACCAAAACUGUUGGUUUACCUUCUAACAAUCAUGGGAUUGAUUCAAAAAUCAAUUGGUGCAGUGUUUUCUCUGCUGGGCCUAGGUGAUUUCCUGGAGCCCGAAAUGGCGUAUCCGACCUGGACGAAUUCUGAGCCGGAGCCCCGGUCUGUUUCGGCUGUGCUGAUCCGAAAGCUUCUGCCAGUGGUGAAGUUCUCCGACUUGCUUGAAUUGGAUCCACCCGAAAACUGUGCGGUUUGCUUGUACGAGUUUAACGGCGAUGAUGAGAUCCGACGGUUGACGAAUUGCCGACAUAUAUUCCAUCGAAGCUGCCUGGACCGUUGGAUGGACCACAAUCAGAAGACGUGUCCACUCUGCCGGACGCAGUUUAUACCGGAGGAAAUGCAAGAGGCGUUCAAUGAGAGGCUGUGGGCCGCCGCCGGAAUUUCGGGUUUCUACGGCGAGCAUUCACCGAUUACAACGGGUUUGUAGUACUCUUUUUCCCUCCUUUUUGAGGUUGAUAUGGGAAAUGUAAAUAUUGCAAUGAAAAAAAUAUAUAUAUGAAGAGGAAAAAUAUAUAGGAUUAUGUGUUUAAUGAAUUUUGUAUUUCGAGGCUCUUUUUAAGAAAUUUUACUUGUGGGUUUUCU